GGAGUGCAUGUUUGACAUGAGUCAAAGACUUGAAGUUCCACAUAGUCCGUCACUUUCCUCUAUGUUCUUUUCUCUUUCCCACUACCACUGAAUCGGUAUUUCAAGUUUCAACAGAAGAAAACCGUGCGGAGAAAUCAAGAAUGUGAGGAAACUUACUUGUGUCAGCAAAACGCCUCCCUGCCCCUUCGAUUUCUCCGAGAGACAAAAAAAAAACGCUUUUUUCAGAUACCCAUUUUGCAGAAAGCUAUGAAUCCUAGCAAAGUUGAAGAAGAAGAUAUGUUCCAUCAUCACUUGGACCCGCAUCAUCAAAUCUUGGAUCAAUCUCAGCCGUCAAUUCUACCGGAGGAGGAAGAAGAACCCUUUUUUUCUGAUAUCGGAUUCUUCCGGGACGACGACGACGAUGAUACCAGUCAUACUUCAUCUGAUCCCGAUCAACAUCAGUACCAUCACCAGCAGCUAAUUCAGUCGCUGCCCCAAUUGGAGCAGCAAAACGACAUCGUUUCUGCAAACCCUAACCCUAACCCUGAUUUGGGUUUGGGAAAGGGCGACAAAAAUAAGGCGGAGAAACGUCAUCGGCAUACCGUGUCUGUGGCGAAUAUAAGUCCAGAAGCUCACAUUUCAUCUCAAUUCUACACUUUCAAUAAGGAAUCUCAUGCCCUGAUGAUACGCUGCCUUCUCGCGGGCCGUGUGGCGACACCGGAGGAAAUUCGAUCUGUGACGCCGUCGUCGGUGCUUCAAAGCUGGCGUUUGGUGUGGAAGGACCGGAAUGAGGAUACGGCAUACCUCACGGCGUGGAAGCGGAUCCAGGACAAGCUUAUCGCGAAUAUCGACCCUUUGAAUGGUAAUGAAUUACUGUGUUUCAAGAAUAAUUCCAGUCAAUUCGUUUCCCAUGUUGAUCAAUGGCAUGAUAUAGUCACAAGUUUUCACUGUGAUGCGGACUUAAAACACUUGGGACUGAAAGAAACUGUAGAAAGAAUUAAACAGGUGUGGACUGUAGGUGCUAAAUUUUAUGGAAUACCUGAGAGUUAUAUUAGGGUAUGUGUUGAGGUUUGCCCCGUGUGCUCAGAGUCUGCGCCACGUACUAAGAGACGUAGGUUUGAGUAUACUGAAUCAUUUGAAGUACCCGCAAAGGAAGUGCCUGUUAGAUUACAACAAUUGGCCACAAAGUAUAAAGUGGCCUUGUGUAUUAGGCAGAAAUAUGUAAGGUAUAAACCAUUUAUAGCUGAGGUUAAAGAUUACGCGUGUCAUCGAGCUGGAGAGCCUGCAUCCUCGAAGAAAUCGAGGAUUUUAAAAAGAGAGCCUUACACGUCAAAACGGUGUGGGUGUGGGUUUCGUAUCAGGGCGAUAGUUCCAAUAUCAAAUUAUAAUGAGAAGGAUAAGUCCUUUGUCUAUCUGGAGGAAGGGACAGCAGUCUUUAAGUUGUAUGCAGUGCACUCGGGGCAUGAACCUGGUGCUUCUGAUGGGAAUGCGAGAAUAAUGCAUCGAGUAGUUGGGCAUAAAGGAGGGGUUUUGAUGGAUCAGGAAACAGUGUAUGGGAUGGGUGAUGAAGCAGAAAAUGAAGAUUUUGGGUUCCUUGGAAAGGAUAGUGGAGAUCUGCAACAUUCGAUUUUGCAGCAAAUGCAGGAAGCAAGGAAUGAGAUUGCUCUACUUGAGGGCCAGAUCGGGAAAGUUCCUCAUGAGUUGUUGUGCUCAGUGUCUCGUGAAUUGUUUGAUUUUUCGAAUAAGCUUAGGAAUGUGAGAGAAUAUGGAUCAAAGUCAGUUGGGUUGCUCUCAGAUAAGCCGACCUCGGAUGAUCUAUUGGUCGGGGAAAAUGAUUUGGCAGAUUGGGGUGUUCAUGAUCAUCGCAUUUAUGAGGAUGGCAAGGAUGCAGAGCUUAUUGAGGAAGAUGAAGACAGCUUUGGGAGAACACUCGGGGAGGUUGCAUCUUGGGAUCAGAUAAGGUCAGAUUGUAGGAAUGAGAAGGAUCUGCUGGGUGAGUCUUGUAAAUCAGAGAAACCAUUGGAGUGCAGCGAAUUUGAUCAGAAGGGCAUUCUUGACUGUGGGAAUUCUAAAUUGACCAAGCCCUUAAGGCAUGAUGAGAGUAUAGAUACAGAUGUAGGCUUCGUUGUUGAGAACUUCUACCCAGAGAACCCUAAAUGGUUUGAUUCAUCCUGUGAACUGGACUCUGGCACAGAUUGUGUUGACAGUGGAUUCAAGCCCGGGGAGAUUGUUUAGAGAUCUUACAGCUGGUGACCCACUCUAACUUAAUCAUAGUCCUCCUUGUUCCAUUUUUCAUACUAUAAUGUUAGACGUGGGUUGUAUAUUUGUGUAGACAAAAGGUUGAAACAUCUGGCAGCCUCUUUGUUGUCUUUGCUGUUGUAAUUCUGUAAAGUUCAGCCCAUGAGCUUCUUUGCACAUACAUUAGAUAGUUAUUUGACUUGUCAUAAAUUUUCAAAACUUAAACUUGCUUGC